CCGUUUCGUUUCGUUUGUCGUUUCCUCGUUUCUCGUUAUGUUAACCCUCCCUACCCUUGCGAUUCGUUGCCCGCAAAAUACUGAUAAAAAAUUGAUAACUCGUUGAAGACAAAGCUGGUGACAACAAAAAUUGAAUGAAAGAAUUUCAAUUUCGGAAACAAGCUGUGUUUUACGUCGAAAAAACGAUCAAUUUUUCGGGUAUUUUGCGUGAAUUCUUCCUCACAAUACGUCGAAAUGAGUCGAAAUAAGAAAUAACGUUUACUCUUGAAUUCGUCAAUAUUACUGUCAAGUUACUAUGACAAUUUGAAAAUCAGUAUUACAAAAAUGCGUUUGAUAUUUUCUUGGAUUUAUUGGACUUGUAGAUCCUUUAUUAAAGUGAUACUAAGACGAAUAACUAAAUUAUGUGAAUUACAACGAAUCUGCUACAGCACUUUAUCUGGAGCCGAUAGAAGUUUGCAAGUGGAAUACUCUCUUCAACAUUCGAAGCGAACUGCCGUCAGAGAUAUGAUAAGGUACAUGGACGAAUUAAGCAGAGAGAGAAGAAUCCGAGAACGUAUCACCGAAGCUUUAAAUUAUUCUGUAAUUCUAGUCAUUACUUGUAAGAAAAUUAAUCCCAGGAUACACGUGCAAUUUGUCAAAUCCUUUAGUAGAUGUUUAGAGCAUAUUUGGGGAUAUAAGCAAUUGAUGCAAGAAGUCUGUGUUUUAUCCCGAACACCUUAUGAUUCUGAAAAUGAAGAACACGAGAUGAAGUUACUCAAAUUGUGGAACGCUCUGAUGCCAGAUACACCUCUACAAUCUCGUGUUUCCAAACAGUGGCAAGAUAUCGGAUUUCAAGGAAAUGAUCCAAAGACUGACUUCCGUGGUAUGGGAAUGUUGGGACUUGAGAAUUUACUAUUUUUUGCUCAAGAAUACAGUACUUACGCCAACAUUGUAUUAACGCACUCGUUACAUCCUACCAGAGGUUAUACAUUUGCUGUUCUCGGAAUCAAUAUUACCAACAUGGCCUAUCAUUUACUAUUAGAUGGCACCGCAAAAACACAUUUUUUUAAUAUUUCACAUCGUAUGCCUAAUAUCGAAGCGUUCCAUCGUUUUUAUUGUUACCUUUUUUUCGAAUUUGAUAAAUUCUGGAUGAAAUCCAAACCCCAAGAUAUGAUGGAUUUUAAUCAUAUAAAGCAGUCUUUUGAGAGUGAAAUUCGUGAAUCUUUAGGCCAUCGUGAUUGUAUCCUUAAUAUUAAAAAUUGUGUUGUCGAAACUAUAUAAUUACAAAUUUCAUGAGAUACAUGUGAUAUUUAAAGUAUUUAUACCGAUAGAUCAUCUAAAAUGAUCGCCUUAUUCUUAUUUGAAUCUCUUGGUCGAGUAAAAAAUUUUCAUGUGGCGGUGAUUUGCUAAUUUUUUUCAUCAGAUUUCUUCAUUUUCUGCACUUUUUUGAAAAAACAUCACUACCACGAACUAUCCGAAAAUGUUGUUGAUUAUCAAAUAUAUUCAGUAACCUUUGUACAAUAUGCUAUUUCAUUUGUAUGUAAUUUUGUUUCUUCGUAUCAAGUUUUUCUAGCGAUUGUAUUCGCGUAUCAGGAAUCAUUUCUAAAAUAGUAAAAUAAGAUUAAACACUUAUACAAAUAUAUUACAUCAAUAUCACAUUCAACAAAGGAAACAAAUCAAUUGUUUGCCUAAGAAAACACAUUUUCAGUAUGUAAAGCUUGUAACGCUGUUAACAAAUAAUUUUUAAAAAAGGAAAUGAAGGAAUGCAUGAAUAGGGAAAACAAAUUGUAAAGUAAAUGGAAAAGUUUUAUAAUCGAAAAGAACUAGCUUAGGUAUAUUACACGUUUAAUUAAAUUAGAAGAAUUACAAUUUUACAAAGUAAAUUGUGUUAUUUUAUCAAAAAGUUCAACACAUAUUUUCUUCUUUUAAAAAAAAGUACAAAAAUGAGCCAAUUAGAUAACUAUAGUAAAUAAAAUUAACGGUUUGUACAAAUUCACAUUCAAAAAAUUGUUUUUCUUAAAAUUAAAAUGGAUCGUGAUACCUUA